GUUCAGGUAAGAAGGAGUUAUGGUUACUGUCAGCUACAUAAUUAUUCUGUGCAUUAAAUGACCUUAAUAGGCUAUAUAUUUUUACAGAUGAUCUGUGAUGCUGACUGCCUUAUCACAAAUUUAGAGGCAAAGUGGCCUGGCUCAGUCCAUGACUCCAGAAUCUUUCAGGCCAGUAGAAUUUACCAGAGACUCUCUCUAGGUGAGUUCUCUGGUGUGCUGCUGGGGGACAAAGGCUAUGCCUGUGAGACAUUUCUGAUGACUCCCCUUACAGACCCCCAAACCCCAGCACAGCAAGCUUACAACCAUGCCCAUGCCAAAACCAGGGCUCGAAUUGAAAUGACCUUCGGCCUCCUGAAAUCACAAUUUCAGUGCCUGCACCACCUGAGGGUCUCCCCAGACAGAGCAUGUGACGUGACUGUUGCCUGCACAGUGCUGCACAAUAUUGCCAGCCUAAGAAAAGAAAGGGCUCCAAGAGUUGCUUUGGAUGUUGAUUGGGACAAUGCUGCCAUAUUCCCAGAUAACAGAAAUGGUAGACUUGUUAGAGAACAAUACAUUGCAAAUUAUUUCAGUUAAUUUAGUUUUGAUUUAGCCCAUCCCUUAAUAAA